UCGCCGUAUAUAUAAGGCGGACCCAGUGGGAAAUUGCAUUUCGCAUUUCGCUCUUCGCUCAACAGUUCCGGAAGGAGAGUGAAAAUCGGGAGGUUUGUUUGGGCGAUUGGGGUGUGAGGGCUUGACCGUCCUCUCCAUUUCCUUCUCCAUUCCGAUUCCCCUCUCUCUCUAGCCCCUUUCUCUCUCUGUGUAUCUCCUCGCUCCGAUGGCGCUCCCCGAGAACUCUCGCCGUUCUCUCAUCCCAAGCUUCCUCUACUCCUCCUCCGCGUCCUCCAAAACCCUAAUCCUCCAGAAAAUGACCAACAACAUCAACACCCUUUCGCCUCCGCCAUCCGCCGCGUCGCCUCCUUCUAACGCGAAGAAUAGCUUCGUGAUCCCGGCUCCCAGCGAGCCAGGAAAGAUCCAGAUGUACUCGCCCGAAUUCUACGCCGCCUGUACCUUCGGCGGUAUCCUCAGCUGCGGCCUCACUCACAUGGCCGUCACUCCUCUCGACCUCGUCAAGUGCAAUAUGCAGAUUGACCCUGCAAAGUACAAAAGCAUCUCAUCUGGCUUUGGAGUGUUGCUGAAGGAGCAGGGGGUCCGGGGCUUCUUCAGGGGAUGGGUGCCUACUUUGCUCGGUUAUAGUGCCCAGGGUGCCUGCAAGUUUGGUUUCUACGAAUUCUUCAAGAAGUACUACUCAGACAUUGCUGGACCGGAGUACGCAUCCAAAUACAAAACUCUGAUCUACCUUGCUGGCUCUGCAUCUGCAGAGUUUAUUGCAGAUAUUGCUCUAUGUCCCAUGGAGGCAGUCAAGGUCCGUGUCCAGACUCAACCUGGUUUUGCCAAAGGACUGUCAGAUGGAUUUCCCAAGUUUAUCAAAUCUGAAGGACCUAUAGGGUUGUACAAGGGCCUUGUUCCUCUCUGGGGACGCCAGAUUCCUUAUACAAUGAUGAAGUUUGCCUCCUUUGAGACCAUUGUAGAGAUGCUCUACAAAUAUGCCAUCCCGACACCCAAGAACGAGUGCAGUAAGCCAUUCCAGCUUGGUGUGAGCUUUGCUGGUGGAUAUGUUGCUGGCAUUUUAUGUGCGAUCGUCUCUCACCCUGCUGACAAUCUUGUCUCUUUCCUCAACAAUUCCAAGGGAGCAACUGUUGGUGAUGCUGUGAAGAAAAUUGGGGUCGUGGGUCUCUUUACCCGUGGGCUUCCUCUCCGUAUUGUUAUGAUUGGAACUCUCACCGGAGCUCAGUGGGGAAUUUAUGAUGCUUUUAAAGUCUUUGUUGGGCUGCCAACCACUGGUGGAGCUGCUCCUGCUGCUGUGCCCGUUCCCACUACCGAGCUUGCAAAGGUCUAGAGCAAACUCAAAUACUUUUGUCUGUAAGGAAGGAGGUGAUAGGUCUUCACGGAUCAAUAAUCAUAGCAUGUAGCUGAUGUUUUUCAAGAGUAUUCUUUUUCCAUUUAAAACCCGUUGCAGCGUCUAUCUUUCGCUAACUUUUUGCUAAGGGGUAUGGUAUUCGCCUCAGGUUUUAAAACCAUGUCUGCAAUUUUUUGUGGGUAGAUAGUAGGUAAAGUCACAUUCUGAAGUUUUAAUGUUGUUCCCCCCAUCAAGGAAGAGGAUGAAACCAAACAUGACAGGUUGUGGGGUUUAUACUCAGUUUGUUCUUUCGUUUGAGAUAUUAAGUCUGCUUUUUGGAUAAGCAAAUCCAUGAUUA